UCUCAAUAUUUCUCUUUAUAUAUAUAUAUAUACAUGGGUGCUGAGAAUAAUAGUGAAAAUAAUAAUAAUAUGAAAGCAUGGAUGGCAAAGGGAGAGGAGAUAAUAAGAAUAUCAGCUUUAAUUGCAUGUAUUGUGGCAACAUUAGUUAUGGGAAUGAAUAAAGAGAGCAAGAGCAUUGUAGUUGCUGUUGUGGCUAACACCUCCAUCUCUCAAACACUCACUGCUAAGUUUCAAGACACUCCUGCCUUCAUAUACUUUGUUAUAGCAAAUGGCAUUGCGAGUCUGUAUAAUCUCUCAGUGCUUUCAGUGAGAUUUUUCUCCAAAAGAAGGGGAUUUGAUAUCACAGUGCAUCUCUUGGACUUGGUGAUAUUAGUUAUAGUUGAUGGAGCAGUUGCUUCAGCAUCAUCAAUGGCAGAGCUUGGCAAGAAUGGCAACAUGGCUGCAAGAUGGAGCCCUAUAUGCAACAAUUUCUCCGGCUUUUGCACUCAUGGAGGCUUCGCCAUCGCCGCCUCCUUCGUCGGAGCUCUUCUCCUUCUCAUCCUCACCAUGCUCUCCACCAUUAAUGCUCACAUUGCUCAUCCUUCCAAACCUCAAGUCAUACUCCCUUAGUUAAAUUAACUCUCUUGUAUGCAUGUUAAUUGCACAUACAUACAUACAUACAUACAUACAUACAUACAUACAUACAUACAUACAUACAUUACAAAAACAUAUGCGUGUAUUGUAAUGCGUUUGGUUUAUGUUUAUGUAUUUUGUGGUUGAUUAUGGUUAUUGUUAGGGUUUGCAUGCAUGCAUGCAUGCAUGCACGUGUGCAUUAAUGUGUUUAAGUUAAAAUGUGAUAUUAGUGAGCGUGUUGUUACAAUUUGAAAUGAUUAAU